AUGGCUUACAACCAACCCGACCAACCUCAGCUGGGUGGAACUUCUCCUGAGGACCAGGAGAAGGAAUUUGCCCUCCCCAGCAAGGAAUCUCCUUUGAACGAAGACCCAGCAAAAGAUUUGAACGACGAAGGCAGCUCCGUUGACGCCUCAGCCAGCUACGUCCAGGGUAUUCCUCUGGCCUGCGUCGUCGCUGGUCUGACCCUCGCCGUCUUCUGCUUGUCGUUGGACCGAACCAUCCUAGCAACCGCAGUUCCCCGGAUCACCACCGACUUCAACUCCCUUGGCGAUGUGGCCUGGUACGGCUCUUCGUACCUCCUGACAACCUGCUGCUUCCAGCUCAUGUAUGGAAAGCUCUACGCCGAGCUUCACGUCCCCUAUGUGUUUCUUAUCGCGCUUGCCAUCUUCGAGGUGGGCUCCAUUGUCUGCGCCGCCGCCCCGAACUCGGUGGCCCUCAUCAUGGGCAGAGCGGUUUCCGGCAUCGGCUGCGCGGGCAUGCUGUCGGGAGUCUUCAUCAUCAUCGCCCUCAGCCUCCCGGUUCACAAGCGUUCCAUUUACACGGGCAUGAUCGGAGGCAUGGCAGGUAUCGCCGAGAUCAUUGCGCCCACCCUGGGAGGUGCUCUCACCGACAACGCCUCGUGGAGAGUGUGCUUCUGGAUAAACCUUCCCCUUGGCGCGGUAACAGCUAUGAUGGUCUUCCUGUUCGUCAAGCCUCCCCGCAAGUCAGGAGAAACCAAGGCGAUUGUCCCGCUCCUGAAGAGCAUGGGCCCCGUCGGAAGCGCUCUCUUAAUGCCUCUUCUCAUCUCUCUCCUUCUGGCAUUGCAGUGGGGAGGAACCACGUACGCUUGGAGCAAUUGGCGCAUCAUCCUCUGCCUCUGCCUGUUUGGCGUCCUAACCCUCGGAUGGCUCUAUGUCCAGUUCCGUCUCGGUGACGAAGCCACCCUGCCUCUCCGACUCAUCCGCCUGAGGUCCGUCGCGAGCGGGAUGAUCUACAUGCUGGGAAUCAACGGCGCCGUCUUCAUCAUCGUGUACUACGUCGCCAUCUGGUUCCAGGCUGUCAAGGACCUUACCGCGGAGCGAUCGGGCAUCAACUUCCUCACCUCGUCAACCUCCGUGUCGGUCGCCUCCAUUCUUUUGGGAGUAUUGGUAUCAAAGACCGGAUACUGGGUUCCCCAGAUGUUCUUCAGCGUCGUCGUCUCGUCUAUCGCUUCCGGCCUCAUCUUCAGAUACGACAUGAAUACGACUAUAGCGUACAGGGCCGGAACGCUCGUCAUGUUUGGCUUCGGCGUCGGAAUGGGCAUGCAGAUGCCCUUGUCAGCCGUCCAAACGGUGCUCAAAGGAGCAGACAUCUCUCUGGGCACAUCGGCCCUCAUCCUCGCCCAGACCCUCGCGGGCGCCAUCUUCCUCGCGGUCGCGCAGAAUCUGUUCCACACCAGACUGCUGACGGAGCUGGCGAAGCAGGCGCCGCAGGUCGACGACGGCGAGGAAAGCUGUCAAACAUGUUCGAAACGAGAAUCCUACGGGUGUCAUCACACCAUAGGUUUUCUUCGGGCCCUUUCUUGUACCAUAUUGCUUGUAAUCGUCCAAUAG